AUGUCCAGUUCUGAACAGGCUCCGAGUAAUCUGUUUAGCGCAAGAACAGGCAACACGGCACUUGGUAUCAGCAUCAUCGUUUUCGUCUCGAUCGCUCUAUACAACGCCCUCGAGCUGGCCGUUCUGAUCCCUCUUAGCUUUCGUCGCUACCGCAGUCUCUAUUUCUGGGCCUUGUUGACCUCUGCUGUGUUCGGGGUCAUUCCCGCGACCAUCGGGCCGCUCUUUCAAUUUUUUAGCCUUGCGCCAUUAUGGCUGAGUAUGGUCUUGUCGAAUGUGGGAUUCGUGAUGAUGGUGCCGAAUCAGUCAGUGGUGCUGUAUUCCCGGCUCCAUCUUGUAAACCAGACUCCAUGGAUUCUCAACUUCGUGCGAUGGCUAGUCGUCUUGGGCUUCCUGGUGGUAGUCAUUCCGACGAUUGUGUUGAAUGUGGGCUCGACCUACAUGCCCCACUCAUCGCCGUGGUUGCGCGGGUUUGCCGUCACUGAGCGGAUCCAAUUGACCUGGUUCUCAGCUCAGGAAUCUUUGAUUUCGACGAUCUAUAUCUGGAAUACCAUUCGCCUGAUUCGACUCAGUCCGGAGGGGGACAAGCGCCGGCAUAAGAUCCUAUAUGAAUUACUCUUGAUUAACGUUCUUGCUAUAGUCAUGGAUCUGGCGUUGGUGAUUCUGCAAUAUCUCGAUUUCUAUUUCACGCAGGUUAUCCUGAAAGGCACUGUAUACAGCAUCAAGUUGAAGCUUGAGUUCGCUGUGCUUGGUAUGUUGGUCUCCAUUGUACAGUCCCAUAGCUCCGGAACUCCGACCUGGCAGGCCGACUGUACAUCCAGUUUGUCUUAG